AAGGACCAUGGACAAGCUUCCGGAGGUGCUAAAACUGUGCCCAAGUACUCCAUUGUCCCGGGCUAUGGCCUGGCCACCCUGCUGACAGCAGGCGGGGAGCGCCUCCUCUCCACCGUGGUGUUCCAGUGUCCCUGCAGCGCCACCUGGAACCUGCCCUACGGCCUGUCCUUCCUGCUGGGGCCGGCGCCGGAGCUCUUCCUCCUGACCUACGUGCUGAGCGCGCGCGCCUGGCCCUUGGUGACCCGCUGCUGCUGUACCCAGGGCGCCUGCGCCGGCUGCGCCGCGGAGCGGCGCGGGGCCCCUGGGAGGACUCAGCUCCCCGGGGCCGCCUUGGUCGCGUACACCUGGGUGGCCGUGGCGCUGCUCGGGGGCGCCUUCUACGAGUGCGGCGCCAGCGGGAGCACCCCUGUGGCACGUUUCCUGUGCGCUGGCCGCAACUCCAGCUUUGCGGCCCAGCUGCCGCUGGUGCCCUGCCGACUGAGCGAGGAGUCCGACGCGCAGGACCUCCUGAAGGAGCUCAGGGCCCAGUCGCAGGUGCUGGGCUGGAUCCUGAUAGGAGCUGUUAUCAUUGUCCUGCUGAUUUUUGUACAUGUCCAGGAAUGUCGAGCUGCAGGUAGUUUCCUGCAGCUGAAAUUUUGGAAAAUCUAUUUGGAAGAGGCGUGAAAGACCUUUAAAAAACAAGCCGAAAAGCUUGCAGCUGAAUUGGCAGAAGAAAAUGUUAAAUGUCUCUUUGGGCUCUCACCUCCAGAGAAAUACAACAUUCCAAGCAUUAAAAACCGGCAGCAAAUUUCAUCGCUAUAUACUUUAAAACCAAAUGAGGAAGAGGACAUCCUGUUGCAGACAUGUGUUAAAACAAAUGAGAAGAAGCAUAGUAGCAACUCUUCUGAAUGAGAUGAAGUGGUUUCUGCUCUUGGCUGUGUAGAUUUACCUUUAUGGAGACCACUGCUGAGAUAUGACCUUAUUAAUGAAUAAGAAAAAGAGUUCUUUUGAAUUGCUGCUUCAUUAAAAAAAAAUAAA